UUCAAAAAGUGACAUUUGUCAGUUUUUGUCAAAGUUGGUGACUUGUGUUUUCUUCGAUUAUUUAAAAACUAUUAAAAAUGCCUAUUGAAAACCUAGAAGACCAGGGCCUCGAGAAAAACCCCGACCUCGAACUCGCCCAUCAUAAGUUUUUACUUACUCUUCCAGAGUACAGGAAUGACCGCUUUGUCCACCAAAAAAUCACUGAUGCCAUCAAAAAAGACGACAUGGCUCCUUGGUACGAGCUUAUUAUCAAGGAUUGCGGCUGGAAAAAAGACGCCAAUUUCCUUAAAACGAUCCAGGCAAAGAACGCCGAAGAAAUCAAAAAGUUGGAUGCGGCUAUUGAAGACGCUGAGAAAAAUUUAGGCGAGAUGGAAGUCCGUGAGGCGUAUUUGAAGAAAGCGGAGUAUUAUAGCCGAAUCGGUGAUAAAGAAAAUGCAGUGACGACUUUUAGACAAACGUAUGAUAAGACGGUGUCUUUGGGUCACCGACUCGAUAUUAUUUUUCACUUGAUCAGAAUCGGUUUGUUUUUCAUGGACCAUGACAUUAUUACUCGCAAUAUAGAAAAAGCGAGAAGUUUAAUUGAGGAAGGGGGUGAUUGGGACAGGCGCAACAGACUCAAAGUCUAUCAAGGGGCCUACUGUAUGGCCGUCCGUGACUUCAAAACAGCCGCAAACCUAUUUUUAGAUACAGUCAGCACCUUCACCUCUUACGAAUUAAUGGAUUACAAAGCGUUUGUAAGAUACACCGUCUACACGUCUAUCAUAAGUCUGCCACGAAACCAAUUAAGAGACAAAGUGGUAAAAGGGUCUGAAAUUUUGGAAGUUUUACACUCUGAAGCUUUCGUUAAAGACUAUUUGUUUUCAUUGUACAAUUGCCAAUAUUCCGAAUUUUUCAACAAUCUUGCGGAGGUUGAGACAAUUUUGCGUAAGGACUAUUUCUUGAAUCCUCAUUAUCGUUAUUACGUCAGAGAAAUGAAAAUUUUGGCUUAUACCCAAUUACUAGAGUCUUACAGGUCUCUAACUCUGCAAUAUAUGGCCGAGGCUUUUGGUGUCACAGUGGAAUUUAUCGAUUCGGAAUUAUCUACAUUUAUUGCAACUGGAAGAUUGCACUGCAAAAUUGAUAGAGUCGGGGGAAUUGUCGAAACAAAUCGUCCCGAUUUGAAAAAUGCACAGUUUAAUUCCGUUGUUAAACAAGGAGAUUUAUUACUCAAUCGUGUGCAAAAACUCUCAAGAGUCAUUAAUAUAUAAUUUUGUAUUCGUAAUGAUUUAGUAAUAACAAAUAUUAAUCCGUUAGUUUGUACUUAUUUUCCUUCAUUUCAUUUUUUUUUCUAUUUAUCACACAUUGUUGUGUAAACAGCUUUAUUGAAUAAAGAUUUUAAAUCAAG